AUGCCCACCAUGAUGCUCACCACCCUCCUCCUGCUCUCCUCCCUCGCCCACGCCGCCCCGCUGCCGGCCUCGUCUCAGCAAUGCCGCUGCGCAGUCAUGCCCGCGAGCACGCCCUUCUUUCCCUCGCUGCCCGUCUCACCCUCGUCCGCCUCGUCGCAACGCCUGGUCACCGACUCGUGUGCCGCCCUCGGCCCCCAGCUGCAGGCCUGGCGCGAAGCUCCCACCGACCGCGCCGCCGACGAGGCUGCCCGUCUUGAAAAGUGGAUCGCCGAGCAGGACGACAAGGUCGCGACGGCCGCAACCGAUCUGCUCUGGGGCAAGAGACCCAUUCCCACCGCCGCUGCCCUGGUCGCUGCGAGAACACAACGGUCCAGCGAGGGGGACGCGAAGCCGCAGGGCAGGAUAGUGUGCCGCACUGUCGAGGUGACGGAAGAAGCUGUCGGCAGCUUCGAGGACGCUCUCUACGCCGACACGACAUCGGCCGAAAAAGUCAGGAAAAUCGAGGCCCAGGAAUCGCCGGAUGCCAAGCACAGCGACGGCUGUGCCGGCAAGACCCAGAAGAUGUCGUUCUUCAACCAGAUCGCCGACGCGUGGCGGCGGCCAGAGAGGCACAUGUUCGCGCUGAAGCUCGUCGUGUUCGUGCUCAUCGUGCUGUGCAUGGUCGAGCUGGGAGACGAUGUCUUUGCUUGCAUCCGCAGAAGAAGAAGCGCCCGCAGGAGCUCCGCCAGGCUUUCGAGCGGCGAGAAAGCCUUGUACAGACCGGACCUGGAGUCCAUCGCCGAAGAAGAGGAAGAUGAUACCCAACUGCCUUGA